CUAUCGCUCGCUCUCUCUCUCUCUCUCUCUCAUCCUACAUAGCCGCGUUCUUCUUAAACCCUUUGUACUAGUAUUACAGUACCAAUCAGAAUGCCCUAACAAUUGAAAAAAAAAUUAAUAAAUAAGUAAAUAACCCCACUUUUUUUAAACCCCGAAAACUAGUUUUUCAGUGACCCAAAAGUCUCCAAAAACAGAUCUGACCCUUCUCUCGUGGUCCUCUCCUUACAGCUUCAAAAGGGUUUUUGUGCUUCAAGUCUUCAAGCUCAAAACAACUCAUAUAUGUCUGUUUAAACCAUAUUUUCAAACAAUUUUUUCCGUUAUAUUUCACAUAAGAGAAAAAGAGGGAGGGAGAGAGAGAGUGUGUGUGUGUUGUUGGGGGAGCUCACCGAGAUCCUAGUAAGCGUUAUAAAUCUUUGUUUGUGUUGAAAUUUGGGGUGUCAAAAAGUCCCCUUUGAUUGUCAACUCUUUUCCAUCAACUUUUAGUCCAAAAGACAGUGUUUGUUGGCACGUAAGAGAACCAAGGCUGAAAGACUUUUUGGUCCCCUUUUGAAGCCCAAAACCGUAGCCAUCUCUGGCCUCUUGCUACAUGUCCUAUUCUUAUUAGGUUCUCUCAGACAGUGCCAGAGAAUCUAUUAAAACCAACCCCACUAACCUCAACAAGAAACCAAACUCAAAACCUCUUCCUCUUGACAGAGAGAAAAAGAACAAAUGUAUGGUGUCUAGGGUUUGUGUGAAAGUCAAAUAUGCCAACCGGAUUAAUGCUUCUGGUGAUUGAGUUAAAGGGAACAUAGAGAAGUUUCUUCGUGGCUAAGCAACAAUCAGGUUAAAAAUCUUAGCUUCAAAAUCUUGAAGAUUUGUAAAAUGUUUGAGCCAAAUAUGUUCGAAACUCACCAUCAUUUGUUGGAUAUGCCACACAAGUCUGAUGAUGAUGAUGAUGAAUUGGGAAAGCUUAGAGAUGAUGAUUUUGAGACUAAAUCUGGUACUGAAACCAUGGAAGCUCCAUCUGGGGAUGAUCAAGACCCCAACCAACGCGCCAAAAAGAAGCGGUACCACCGCCAUACACAGCGUCAAAUCCAGGAAAUGGAAGCAUUCUUCAAGGAGUGCCCUCACCCAGAUGACAAGCAAAGGAAAGAGCUUAGCCGUGAGUUAGGGUUAGAGCCUUUACAAGUGAAGUUUUGGUUCCAAAAUAAGCGGACCCAAAUGAAGGCCCAACAUGAACGUCAUGAGAAUUCAAUUUUGAAAUCGGAGAAUGAAAAACUUCGUGCUGAGAACAAUAGGUACAAGGAAGCCUUAAGCAAUGCUACAUGUCCUAACUGUGGGGGACCCGCAGCUCUUGGUGAGAUGUCAUUUGACGAGCAACAUUUGAGGAUCGAGAAUGCUCGUUUAAGAGAAGAGAUUGAUAGGAUAUCUGGAAUUGCAGCAAAAUAUGUUGGCAAGCCUUCGACUUCAUAUUCUCACCUUUCAUCUCAUGUGCCUUCCCGCUCGCUUGAUCUUGGGGUUGGGAAUUUUGGGGCACAGUCAGGCUUUGUGGGGGAGAUGUAUGGAGGGAAUGAUCUUUUCAGAUCAAUUACAGGUCCCACUGAUGCCGAUAAGCCCAUGAUUGUUGAGCUUGCUGUUGCAGCAAUGGAAGAAUUAGUAAGAAUGGCUCAGGCUGGAGAGCCUUUGUGGGUUUCCAGUGACAACUCAACUGAGAUACUAAAUGAAGAAGAAUACUUGAGGACUUUCCCUAGAGGAAUCGGCCCAAAACCUUUGGGGCUAAAGACAGAAGCUUCAAGGGAGUCUGUGGUCGUUAUAAUGAAUCAUAUUAGCCUUGUUGAGAUUCUAAUGGAUGUGAAUCGAUGGUCAUCUGUGUUUUGCGGUAUUGUUUCAAGAGCAAUGACUUUAGAAGUCCUAUCAACCGGCGUGGCAGGGAAUUAUAAUGGAGCCUUGCAAGUGAUGACUGCUGAAUUUCAAGUCCCUUCACCGCUUGUCCCAACUCGUGAAAAUUACUUUGUGAGGUAUUGUAAACAGAAUGCAGAUGGAACAUGGGCUGUUGUUGAUGUUUCCUUGGAUAAUCUACGCCUUAGUCCAAUUUCAAGGAGUCGACGAAGGCCAUCUGGUUGCUUAAUCCAAGAAUUGCCAAAUGGUUAUGCAAAAGUUGUAUGGGUGGAACAUGUCGAGGUGGAUGACAGAACCGUUCACAAUAUAUACAGACCACUGGUUAAUUCUGGUAUUGCUUUUGGAGCAAAACGUUGGGUGGCUACCCUUGAUAGAAAAUGUGAACGUCUUGCAAGUUCAAUGGCUAAUAAUAUUCCAGCAGGAGAUCUAUGUGUAAUAACAAGCGCAGAAGGAAGGAAGAGUAUGUUAAAGCUGGCAGAAAGAAUGGUGGUGAGCUUUUGUACUGGUGUGGGUGCUUCUACGGCACAUGCAUGGACAACGUUAUCAGCAGCUGGUUCGGAUGAUGUAAGGGUUAUGACCAGGAAGAGUAUGGAUGAUCCAGGCAGGCCUCCUGGUAUUGUGCUGAGUGCUGCAACUUCAUUUUGGAUUCGAGUUCCACCAAAGAGGGUUUUUGAUUUCCUUAGGGAUGAGAACUCUCGGAGUGAGUGGGAUAUCCUUUCAAAUGGUGGACUAGUUCAAGAAAUGGCACAUAUAGCUAAUGGUCGCGAUCCAGGCAACUGUGUCUCUUUACUCCGGGUAAAUAGUGCAAAUUCAAGCCAGAGCAAUAUGCUGAUACUACAAGAGAGUUGCACUGAUUCUACCGGCUCAUAUGUAAUUUAUGCUCCAGUUGAUAUUGUUGCCAUGAAUGUGGUCUUAAGUGGUGGGGAUCCAGAUUACGUUGCCCUUCUACCAUCUGGUUUUGCUAUACUUCCUGAUGGGCCUGGUCUAAAUGGUGGAGGAAUUGCUGAGGUUGGGUCUGGUGGCUCUCUAUUGACAGUUGCGUUUCAGAUCUUAGUAGAUUCAGUUCCAACUGCAAAACUCUCCCUCGGAUCAGUGGCAACAGUUAACAGUCUAAUAAAGUGCACAGUUGAAAGGAUAAGGGCUGCAGUCAUGUGUGACAAUGCAUGAUCCACAAGCCUUACACAUAAGCAAGAAGAAAAGAAGGGAAGAGAAGAAAUGAACCAAUAAGGUGAUGUGCAAUCCAAUGUUCAAAACAGAGGGAAGAAGUCAAGAACGCACCUCAAAAUAUCCUUGCCCCGUGGUGUUUGUUCCUGCAGAGAAGCAAAAGUGCAAAUCACCACCUUGCAAGGGUAAUAGGUUCGGGUAUUGACUUCACCUAACAAGAUGAAAGUACAACCAAACUUUGUUGGUAUAAGUUGGAAGAAGUAUCCCAAUUCUGCUUUUGUUAAAUUUCUAUUAGGGCUUUAGGUUUAGGUUUUCUUGUAGGAGGGGCUACCUUAUAAUGUCUAAUCAUUUUCAAAUGUACCUCUUAAAAGAGGCAUUACUUGGACUAUUGAAGUUCAGUGGCUAACAAAUAUCAGCUGUUUUU